CCUCGCUCUCUCGCUCGCACUGGCCUUCUUCGCCGUUUCGGCUUGAGGCGCCUGAUCUGUCUCUUCUCUUCCCUUCAGUCUCAGCAUACAAGCGCCGUCUGCACACUCUCUCCGUGCGGCGUCUCGUCUUCGACAUCCAUUGUCAGCCCCUCCUUGUCACUCAUUUUCAGCGCCUGUGGUGCUAACACAACACUCACACUCACUCAUUGUUCAACGACAGACACACUCACUCAGCUGCGCAGCCUAGGUCUUGCUGCAGCGAACCAUCCUACAUUCCUUGUCCAUACUUUCUGCCAAACUCACCCAACAUUUGCGCAGGACAGUGUCCCGCAGAUAGCCAUUUUCGACCGCCGUCACCCAGUCACUAAGCUUGGAGGUUCAUUCGCGAUAAGCACGUGAACAGUGUCGUCCGACUUUUAAGCAAUCUACAAGCGAUCACCUUACUCGAACGCUUACUACACCGUAUACACCUUGGACAAAAUGCUCGCACGCGCCUUCACCGUACGGCACAAGAAGUCCGAAAUGCAGAUCAAGGUGCCCGGCUGGCUCGGCCGUGCUGCGAGCCAACGCGGAAGCAAGCCUGUUCCUCGCGCACAGAUCUCUUCGCCGCUGGCUCUCCUAUCAACCAGCAACCCGCUGUUCAACAAUGCUCAGCAUAUCCCGGGCGCUUACCCGAUCGAGGAUCGCAGCAUUUCGUCGAGCUCGUCCACACACUCGGCCGAUGACAGCGAUGCGAGCAGCAGCCACCGGACCGCCGGAAGCAUGACAGAUGCUUCUUCAGUCGACGAGCUUUCUACACCCUCGACGCCGGUGGAUGUGGAGCCAAACCACCUUAGUUGCUACUUCAAGCCUGCGGUCGACACCAAGGCGGUCUCGCCAGAUCAGACGCCAACCAUGUCUCAGACAUCCUUCGAUGCACCACUGAUCCCCAGGCGUGUGCCCUCGCAUUCGAAGAAGGCUCACGAGAAGCUCCACCGUAAGAACUCCAUCAAGCGUCUGAUGUCGCCUCCUCCGCGCGAGCUGCGUAACUCCACAGACAUGUUCGCUGUCGCGACCCUGUCCGCCUUCGUAGAGGCACCGCGGGAGGCACCCUUCGGCAAGGAACUCGAGCAGGUUGACGAAGUCGCCGAGGAGUUUGGGCAAGUUAGCCGUGACGCUGAGACUGAGGCGGAUCUCAAUGCGGUGCAAGACCUUGGUCUCGGCCAGUUCGCAGCCUGCGACUACAUGUCCGAGAUCCAAAGCCUAGUCUUCAGCACCUUCUACGAAGAGGAGCAAGCCUUCACCGACUGGAUCUAAGCCGUGCUCCUGACUCCAUGGAGCAAUCGAACCCUUUCUCGUCUGGCACAGCAGAAGGGGUUGCAGAUGCAGUGCCUUGUUACACUGAAGCAUGCCAUGGUGCUAUCCUCAUCUAUCACGCCCAACCAUCUCUGGCAGAUCUAGUAACGACCGUCACGACAUAGAUCUUGCCGUCCACUCAUUCAAGUGACUGCGAAGCCCCAAAAAGCUUAUGUGAACACGUUUACGGUCAGGAAAUGGCUUACGGGGGGUUGGCGUUGCAUGCUUCCUACAGUCUCGGGCUGCUUGGGUCGAGCAGAGCAUCUUUGUUUUCUGUAUCUAGGAGGAG